AUGCAGAUCCUGCUCCUCUGUCUAACCAUCGUCUCUCUGUAUAAACAAGCUAAUGCUGUACGAGGUGCACUUGUACUGAAAAAGUCACACCAACUAUCUAUGGAUUCUGACGAUAACGCAGAAGAAUUGGAAGAGUUAGAAGAGGAAGAGGAGUAUCGGCAGCAUGAUUUAGACAAAGCAAGCAUUUUUGAACAAGGAGAAACUCGGGAUUUUCUACAAUUUCUGAGAAAAAUCAAAUACGAUCAUAGACAAUGCCCGGAUGAUGAGAAAGGCGGGCCUGUAUCCGUGAACGUUUCCAUCGUGGUCAGCAAUGUGAGAUCCGUGUCUGAGGUGACCAUGGACUAUUCCAUUGAGAUGUUCUACAGAGAAGCAUGGCGAGAUCCGCGUUUGAAGUACAGUAAGGCAAAAUUUAAGAAUAAGACGGAAAUCUCGUUACACGAAAGCUAUUCGAACUUCCUUUGGCAUCCGGACACAUUUGUUCCGAAUGCAAUUGCAUCGAAGAAUCCAAGAAAACAAAGCAUUACACACAGGUCACUGUUGAGGCUACGAAACGACGGCAGCAUUCUCUACAGUCGUCGUCUUUCGUUGGUGGUUACUUGUGGAAUGGAUCUAACCUUGUUCCCGUUCGACUCUCAGCUCUGUAAGCUUGGAAUUGAAAGCUACGGUUACACAGCCGAUCAAGUACGGUAUGUGUGGUCGCAAGGUCGAAUUCAAGCCUUAAUACUGCAUAAAAUUCGUCUACCAGACUUUCAGAUCAAAGAGAGUUACGUGACAAGUCGGGUAGAGAGCUAUGCGACAGGCGACUAUUCGCGGUUGUACGUUUGCUUCGUUUUCUCACGAUCAGCCGGAUUCUGCUUCCUGCAGUUGAUCAUUCCUUCUACCGCUGUAGUCAUUACAUCAUGGGUAUCGCUGUGGAUGGAGAACGAAACCUCCUUCCAAGAUAUGAUCUCAAUCAUACUUACUAUCACAUUUUUAUUGUUUUCAUAUAAUGAGGUAAUGCCACGGGUGAGUUAUAUCAAAGCAAUGGAUGUUUAUCUUGGUGUCUGUUUUUGCAUAGUAUUUUGCUCGUUAAUAAAAUUGGCUAUCGUCAAGUACAUGAGGCAAAGGUUAAGAUUAACGCGCGACACGUCGAUUGUGGCGGGAUUGCUACCGAUUGUACGAGUCUCGAACUGUCUGGUAGAUCCUAGCAGCUGCACCGUCGAACAGAAUGGUUUGAAGAAAAGUUCUCUACCUCAAACCGCUGGUCUCUACAAUUCCGUUCCUUCGGAGAAGUUAGAAUCGACAAUAUCCAUCGAUCCUAAACCUAAGACUAUUGAAUUCACUCCUCGGUUCAUGCAUAGGUUUCACUGGAUAUCACAGAUGUCGUUCUUUUUUGGUUUCGUCAUAUUCUGUCUGUUCUACUUCCUUGUCUAUCCGAAUAUUCAUACACAGCUAAUCGACGAAGAUUGCGAUCGGAACGCGGCCGAAUGGUUUGCGGACAUUCGAUGA